CAUAUCUAUAUGAUAGAAUUAGUUAAUGCUAUUAAAUUUGGUAUCGUUAGAAAAGUCGACUUGAAUUUGUGUCUUUUCAUGGAUUAAACUCUUUUAUUGCCGAGUUUUGAGAUAAAUCAAUUGAUCUAUAUCAUUCGAAUCACAUUUAAAUUACGCAGGAAAAAAUACUAUCGUAUCUAUUUUCUUUAAAUAAAUUAAUAUUUUAAUUAUUCUGUCACUAAAUAUAUAAGACUAUUAUAUAUAUGAUUAAGAAAAAAUAAACAAAUUCAGUCUAUGCCAUGUCUUCUACGAUACUAAAAAUUCAAAAAAGUUAAUGGGGUAUCAGUAAAAAAAAAUAUAUUAGACGACUAAUAAAAAAAAUCUUUACCGUGUAGAUUUUUUUUUUACGAAUCCCAUGAUAAUUAAAUUAAACAAAAGGUUUUAGAGUAAAUUUUAGAGUAGAGAUUUCGAUGAAAAGUUAAAUUCAAAUCAUAUUUUAUAUAUUUGGUAGUAAUACUCGGACACAUAGUGACUAUAGGUCGCUCGUAACUGAUAUAAAAAUAUAACGUUACAAUCGUAAGUUAAUUAUUAAUUAAAUGCAAUUCAAAAAGGUUGGUUAUAUUUUAUAAUCCAUAAAUAACGAGUACAAUAUAUAUGUGAAAAUCCGAUCAUUAGUAAAAACAAUGAUGCGGGAGUUAUUUUCUGUUCAUAUCUUUUUACAAAACAAUUGUUAUUACAAAGGAUGUUUUUUUUUGUUGCAUAUAUUUUUAAAAAAUUUAAGCUAAAGCUGAUUAUUAUUUUGUUUUAAUUACACAUGUGUGACUAUUUAUCAUACGAUAGAAAAAUGUUGCAACAGAUGUUUAUAGUGAAAGAGGUCAUUUUAAAUAAUUAAUUUAAAAUUAUACAUAAAUACAUUUAAGUUUUGAAUUAACGAAUUAUAUAUAAUUUUAUUUUGUUUAUUUAUUUUUGUUUGGCUUAAGAAGGGUGAGAAAUGAAAUAUUUAAAUAAUUUUAUCAAAUUAAUUAAAAUUAUUUUUAUUUCAUUCUUUAAAUUUUACGCAAAGACAAUACGUUGGAUUGAAGAAUAUUAGUAUUAUUUUCAAAAAUUGGUUAGCGGUAAAAUUGUGUGGUUGUUAAAAUAUCCGCUCCUUGAAGAUCGCAAUGCGCAGCUUCGUACUCACCCUCUGUACUUGUUCUCUCGUAUAUAAUAGAUAUAAAUGUUAUGUAUUUGUGGCAGUUUCAAUUUAAACGACGCGCUUGAAGUACUGAAUUGUAUAUAAUAAAUAUUAAAAAAUGGCUAUAAAUAUUUUUGAAGGGCAAAAUAGUCAUGUUACUUAUGCAAUAAUAGCAGUGAUACUAGGAGUUAUUGGAUUUUUUGGAAUAAUAUUAAAUGUUAUUGUUAUUCUUGUUGUCAUGAAAGACUCAAAAUCAUUUCAGUCUCCCAUAAACAUAACGUUAAUAAAUCUCGCAUUCGGGGAUUUUUUAGUUGGUCUUUUCGGAGAUCCUAUCGCAUUAGUAUCGGCUUAUAAUCGCGGAUGGUACUGGAAUCAUGGGACUUGUAUAUGGUAUGCGUGGUUUAUGAGUACCGUCGGUCUAUCUAGCAUCGGCAACUUGACAGUAAUGUCAAUUGAGAGAUGGCUUAUGAUUGUUAAGCCAAUGUGGUCGUUAACAAUUAGAUCAUCAAUAAUUCUAUCUGUUGGAGUAUGGAUUUAUGCAUUAAUUUUGAGUUUACCGCCUCUUAUUGGAUGGGGUAAAUAUGGUUUUGAAGCUGCCAAUAUAUCGUGCAGUGUUGCAUGGGAAGUUCAUGAUCCAUCAACACACAUGGACUCUUAUAUCACAUUUCUUUUCUUCUUUGGAUUUGUUGUACCCGUUAUUAUUAUUAUAUCUGCAUAUACUGGUAUCAUCAACACGUUGAAAAAAGUUAAAAAACGUACAAGCGGAACGGUUGGAAAAAGGGAAAGACAAGUCACUCUUAUGGUUGCACUUAUGAUUAUUGCUUUUCUGAUUGCUUGGACACCGUACGCAGCAUUUUCAUUAGCUGCGCAAUAUUUUUCUUAUCAAUUAACUGGAUUUAUAGCAGCCAUACCGAGUCUUUUGGCAAAAUCAUCAAUUUGCUAUAAUCCGAUUAUAUAUGCAGGUUUGAAUCCCCAGUUUCGUAAGUCUAUUAAAAAAAUAUUCCGAUUAAAACAUAAUCAGCAAACAACGGUCAGAGGUAGAAAAUCAAGCACUAUUCACGUACACGUGACAACAAACUUUUGAAAAGUUGAAAAAUUUAUAAUUACUCUCAUCAUAAAUUCAUAAUCUGUAAUUAUUAUUUUAUGUUAUAAAAUCUAUCGUAAUAUUUUUCUACGACUAUAAAACUAUAUUUGAAUCAUACAUUUAUUCAUAUAAAAUUCAUAUACAUAUUUAUGAUGUGAAAAUUAUUGAUAAGAUAUUUUUAUUCAAAUCAUGUAGUUGUCGUGUAUCUUGCAUCAUUCCAGUCUAAAGGGAAAGUACAAAAAAAAAAAUUGCAUCAAUUAAAUUAGCAUAUUACUAAAGCUUAUUAGCUGACAAUAUAAUUUGACAUUAUUGUCAUGUUGAUAUGCCAAAACCUGUAAGCCAAUAAAUUUUAUAUUUUUA